GCCCGGGCGGCGUGCGCACCGUGAGCCCUUGCAGCCUUUUCCAGCCGGAGCUGCCCGUCCGGCGCGACUGUGCGCGGGCCUCUGCCCAGCGAGCCGCUGCCCCAGCUUCUCCAAGCCCUGAGCCUGGGGCACCUUUUCUGAGCUGAUGCCCUGCAAGCAGUAUCCCUGCUCUCCAGUGCAGGUGGACGGACACAAGACAGCCUGCAAGGAAGCGUGCCAGCCCAGCAGCCUCCCUGGGCUUGGAAAGCCGCAGCCCAGGACACAUCUUCCUGGGACAUCACAGUCGGAGCCCAGCAUGGGGUCUUGGAAAAAAAGACCCCAACUUCUAUCCUCAAGAGCACGCAUUAGGAAUGAGCUCACUCUAGCUUGGGUGACUAAGAGAGAGCCUGGCUCAAAAAAACAAAAAACAACAAACAAACAAAAACUAAAGAACAACAACAAAAAAGCAGAAGGAGGGGAUAGAUGAAUUGCAUUUGUGUCAUUAAUGAAUUCUCUUAUAGGGAAAAUAAAAUGAUUGAAACUGGGCCAUAUUGGACAGCCAAGGCCCAGGCAGGGCCAGCUCCUUCCACCUUCCCAGCCCCUCCCCUCCUGGCCUGAGAUGUGUCCCUGUCCCUAAGAGGCCCUGAGGGCUGCUCCAGGCCGAGUGCAUGAGGAGCCUCUGAGCAGGAGCCUGAAUCAAGGCGUGCCCUCUUGAGAGGCGAGGCUGACCCCAGCAUCCAGCUUGGCUGCGGACACUUGCUUGGGAAGGGCCUGGUUCUGGGUGCCUGCCUGGGAGAGGGCCUUGGGGCUGUUCAUGCUGGCACUGAUGUGGGCCUGGGGCAGGACCUGCAUAUGGGUGCCAGGUCCUGAGGAGUUGUGGGGGAGGGUUUCGGGAGGAGAGGCUGGUGGUGGUAAGAAUGGGAGGCAGGUGGUCGAACCAGCAGUGUGGCUUUGGAGGUGCUGGAGGAGCAGGGCCUGGAGAAGCGGGUGGGGAGCCAGGAAGGAGCAGCUGCCAGGACAGGCUGGCCUGGGAGGGGGGCCAGGAGCUGGGGGAGAAGCUGGUGGUCUCUCACUGCAAGAGUGGGCUGGCCUGGAGGAGAGGCCCACGGGGUCCCUGUUGGCUGAGGGUGCAGUGGCAGUCCCCGGAAGCUGAGUAUCAGCUCUGCCACCAGGCAGGCAGUGCUCAGAAAGAAACAGAUGACGGGAGGGCAUGUGCCAGCCAGCUCUGCACCUUGAACCUGGCUUUGGAGGGACCCACAGCACAGGGGUGGGGGGCAGGUGGCCAUUCUCUGUUGUCUCUCCUGCCUCCUGAGGAGGGAGCCUCUGGAAUCUUCCAUCACUGCAAUAAACUCAGGCUUUCACGUAGGCCCACUUCUGACAAGGCACAUCUGGGCUUUCUACCCCAGCCUCUAAGUCUCCCACCACCUGGCUCCCAGUUCCUCUUUCCCAUGGAGGAAGUCAGCAGAGCGUGUGGCUGACGGGAAAGACAGCACAGCGGGGCCUGCCCAGCGGGGGGAGAAGCCAGGCCAUUGUUCUUCAGUUCCAGGAUGCCCUGCUUCCCCAAACAGUCUGGCAGUGGGAACAGGAAGUCUCUGGGCACAGAGGCAAGCGGGGAGUAUAGAAGCAAACGGGGUGCACAGAGGCAAGCAGGGGACCAUGAACAGGCAAGGAGUGGGAGGCUCCACCCGCCCGGGCCAGGCCAGGCUCCCACAGAACCCCGCUGUGGCCAGGCAGGUGCGUGGGGCCAGGCCAUCCCCCUCACUUGGAUGCAUGCAGGGUAGCGCCUAGAACCCUGGGCAGGACAGGACCCCUGCCAGAGUGCCCAGAACAGCUCAGUGACAGGGAGCUGGCCUGGCUGCAAGGGUUGGGCAUGUGUCACGAGUCACCUGUGACCAGGAGAGGCGGGAACACUGGCUCACACGACUUGCUGGGUCCUGGCAUGCUGUGGUUCUGGGGGCGCUGCCUGCUGCUCCCAGCCUUCAAAACCUGCACCUCAUGCUCACUCCUCUAGGAGCCAUGGCUAGGAACCCACAGGCAAGAGACUCAAACCGGCUCCCACAGGCACUCCCAGGGACCCCUGUUCCUGCCUGGCCAGAGAGGAGGCAGGCCACAGAGCCACAUUCCCCAGGCGCCCCGCCAGAGACAAGGCGGGCUACAGAGACUCAUCCACCCAGUGUGGCCAAGGAGAGAGUUUCCUCAGACUCUUCCUUCUAUGCCUCUCAGCCCAGCUCCUGACAUAGGCAGGAGCCUGCCUCCUUGGGUCUAGGAACGCCCACCCCCAGCUGGCUUCCCUCUGAAGAUCUCUAGGUAAUGCCUGGUAAAAAAGAGGGCCCUGGGGAGAAUGGCGGGGCAAACACGCAAAGCGUGUCACCUUCCAACCGACGGAAAGGGAAGGAAAACAGGUGCUGCUCAGCUCAUAACCUUCCUUGGAAACAGAAAUUAUCUUUGUGGUUGAUACCUAGUGAACUGCACAGAGAACAACCUGCAGCUUUGAAGUGUAUAAAUCCUUCAGUAUCCAUCAGCUGCCAGUAAAUAAAAAUGCAUGCAAGAGAGCUUUCCACCUGACCCCACCCGAGAGCCCAGCUGGCGUUUCCAGGUCCCGGCUGGGGUGAGAGUACGCAGUGGAGAGCGGCUCAGAUGGCAAACGUGACGCACGUGAGUGCAUGGAGGAAAUGCCAGCAGCUCCCGCUCCACGUGACACCCUCCCAAGAAUCGAGCCAUUCUCAGCCCGGCAGAGGCUGGACGCUGGCCGUCUCCCUCCGGCUCGGCUGACAGUGGGGCAGGCAUUAGCAGUCCAGGCAGCUUCUCUGACUCCCCAAGAGGAGGGGGCGUGGCAGGCCACAGGCUGGCCCGAGUGGUUCCACCUGCAGGAGAGCUCUGUAGAGGCAUCCCUUGCAGGAGGCUCAUGCAUGGGGCCGGCUCAACUUCUCUCCAGCCGUGCCAUAUCCCAUCUAUGCACAGACAUGCCGGAUGCACGCGCUCCCAUCUCUGCUUCCGAUUUGAGCCUGCCCCCCACCUCCGCUGUACCCCUGAGAACCUCUGCGUUCUGUGGGCUGAGUGAGUGCAGCCCGGCCUUUGCUCUACAGUAGACCCUUCGUUGAUUUUCUCAGGGGAAGAAAAGGGCUUGUAACCAAUGUCUCCGGCACACAGCACCAGGGCAGCUGCCUGCACCUGGACAAGUCUAGGCCUGACCUUCCCCUGGGCGCUUGGUGGGACAGCCUGCAGAGAUGCAGACAGGGGCCUGCAGGGAGAGGCCACGGCCCCCAGGAGCCGGGCUGUCAGAAUGGUGGGGCCAGAGGCCAGCUAUGCUCAGUUCAGCCCCUGGUUUCUGGAACCCGGCAGUAAACAGCAGGAGGGAGGGGCGGUGGUGCCUGCCAAGGGAGGCAGAGGCCUUGUGGGGUACUCAGAGGAAAACAAGUGCUCGCAUCCUGGGGCCCUGGCUUGCACGCAUGCGCAGGAGGCCAGGCGCACUGCUGAUAAGAGCCACGGGUUUGCCAAGAAGCGCAGUGGUGCAAGUCCUCACCAUGGUGGCCGCCUCUAUCCCACCAUGCUGCUAGCCAACAGUGGCCAGGACCCACAGUGCCAAGAAGUGUGGGCCACCAAGUAAAGGGUUGUGGAGCCCUGCUGGCUGCCAUGUGGGGCUGCAGCUGGCUCAAUGGCACAGGACUGGUGGAGGAGCUGCCUGCCUGCCAGGACCUGCAGCUGGUGCUGCUGGUGCUGUCACUGCUGGGCUUGCUGGUGGGUGUGCCGGUGGGCCUGUGCUAUAAUGCCCUGCUGGUGCUGGCCAACCUACACAGCAAGGCCAGCAUGACCAUGCCAGAUGUGUACUUCAUCAACAUGGCGGUGGCGGGGCUGGUGCUCAGCACCCUGGCCCCUGUGCACCUGCUGAGCCCCCUGAGCUCCCGGCGAGUGUGCCGGGACUCCCAGUGGCCACUGUGGAGUGUGGGCAGCGAGGUCCAUGUGGCGCUCCAGAUCCCCUUCAAUGUGUCCUCACUGGUGGCCAUGUACUCCACCGCCCUUCUGAGCCUCGACCACUACAUUGAGCGCGUGCUGCCACGGACCUACAUGGCCAGUGUGUACAACACAAGGCAUGUGUGCGGCUUUGUGUGGGGCGGGGCGCUGCUGACCAGCUUCUCCUCGCUGCUAUUCUACAUCUGCAGCCACGUGUCCGCCCGUGCACUGGAGUGCGCCAAGAUGCAGAACACUGAGGCUGCUGACGCCAUGCUGGUGUUCAUCGGCUAUGCGGUGCCGGCGCUGGCUGCCCUCUACGCGCUGGUGCUGCUCUCCCGUGUCCACAGGGAGGACACACCCCUGGACCGGGACGAGGGCCGGCUGGAGCCCUCGGCACACAGGCUGCUGGUGGCCACCGUAUGCACGCAGUUUGGGCUCUGGACACCGCACUACCUGACCCUGCUGGGGUGCACGGUCUUUGUCUCACUAGGGAAGCCUAUGGAUGCCCACUACCUGGGGCUGGUGGACUUUGCAAAGGAUGUGUCCAAACUCCUGGCCUUCUGCAGCAGCUUUGUGACGCCUCUUCUCUACCGCUACAUGAACCAGAGCUUCCCUGUCAAGCUCCGGCGGCUGAUGAAGAAGCUGCCUUGGGGGAACCGGCACUGCUCCCCGGACCAUGCGGGGGUGCAGCAGGUGCUGGCCUAGGCGGCCCAGCCCUCCCACGUGGGGAUGCAGCAGGUGCUGGCCUAGGCGGCCGGCCCUCCCACAUGGGGGUGCAGCAGGUACUGACUUAGGCGGCCAAGCCCAGCCCUCCCAUGCGGGGGUGCAACAGGUGGUGAUGUAGGCGGCCCAGCCCUCCAAAAUGGGGGUGCUGGCUUAGGUGGCCUGGCCCUCCCACGCGGGAAUGCAGCAGGCAGUGACGUAGGCCCAGCCCUCCCACGUGGGGUGCAACAGGUGAUGAUGUAGGCAGCCCGGCCCUCCCACACGGGGGUACAGCAGGUGCUAGUGCAGGUGGCCUGGCCCUCCCACGCGGGAAUGCAGCAGGCAGUGAUGUAGGCCCAGCCCUCCCACGUGGGAAUGCAGCAGGUGGUGAUGUAGGCCCAGCCUUCCCAUGCAGGGGUGCAGCAGAUGCUGAUGUAGGCCCAGCCUUCCCGGGAGGAGGUGGCACUGGUGGACGCAGAGCACUUUGCUACCCUGGACAGCCCCUAUGUCCUUCCCAGAAGAUAAGCUGCUACAAGAGAAAUAUGAAGGGUGUUUUUCUUGAAAUUUUAUUUUUCCCACAAAGGCCACUCUUGGGCCAAGGCUGUGCUGUCCCUAGUGGCUGGCGCCUGGUGUGAGUCUCCCUGAGGCCUGUGCGUCUCCUGAACACACGGUGCAAGGUCCACGUCUGCAAAAGCCUCCUCGCCUUCAGCCCCACAGCAUUCACUCUGUCAAUGAAGUGAUGAAAGCCUAAAGCCAGUAUUUAUACUCUGUGGUCAAAACACUUGGUUGCCCCUCAUUUGUUUUAUAAAAAGAGAUGUUUUCUAGAAAAAUGACAAGUAUGAAAAUCAAGGAAACCCCAUGAAAGAAUGCCAGCAGACCAGGGUGACUGGGCCCCACCAGUGGGCGACAUGGUGCUGGCUGGGCCUGUCAGGUGUGUCGCGGUCACCACAGGAUUCUGAGAAUAUUUUACAGAAGUGCCUGAGACUCGGAGACAUGGCUGGUGUUAAACAGAGCCAUCCAGUAGCAGUGACGUGCUCUCCCCAGCCACCACGUGUCCCUGACACCCUCUCCAGACCCCACAGAUAACAUCAGCUGAGGUUUUCUCAGUAUGAAUCUGUCCUUCUAAAUCAACUUCCCAAAGUGUGCACAAAACUAAAGACUAUCAAUAAAAGAAAGAAAGGUGUUAGGA